AUGUCGAGAAUGUCGCUGAAUCCCAUACCUGUCACCGAGAGAACUCUCCAGAGGAAGCUGACCACAGCACAACUUCAACGCGGAGAUAGCGACAGCAGCACCUGCACCACUUCCAGCACAGGCAGCAGAGAUAUGGCGACUCAGACCAGCGAGCCUGUCAGUUCCACUGCCCACAGUGACAAGGUGGUCAGCAAAAGAAGCAGCAUGAUCAGGAAUACGAACAGUACCAGAAUGUCCGGAGGCGCCAGUCACCGAAAGAGCGUCACAUUCCAGCCCUCCCCGCAGAUAUCCCAUGCCAUAGAAAAGUCCCAAACGGAAGCAGACGGAUUCGUCCGCGACAAGAAGGAAAAGAAGCGUCCGGGUGGUCUCAAGGGAAACUUGUCGUCGCUCUGGAAAAUGCUCGACCCCCCGGAGCUGACCCAUAAUACUGGUGCGCUACACAACCUGGUCAAGGCCGAGGAGCACAACUCCAGGAGGAAGUAUGAUGCUGAUGCUACGACUUUGGUGGAGACGAUUUCGAGUCGGCAGUAUAGGCAGCGGUGA